GGAACCGUAUAAACAGCCUAACAGCUCUCUGGUUUGACCCAAGAAAAGGAGUGCACCAGUGAGGAGAAUGGAAUCGAAAGGAAACACCCGAAGUGGAAACAAGCCUGAUGCCAAGAUUGCCAGCUCAGGAAAACCUGAGAAGCCCACAACUACAGAUAAGAAAGAAACCCCUCCUAAGGAGCAACCGGCCCCUGCUGCCACUACUCCAGCAAAGAAGGUGCCGGUAUCAGCGGCAAAUGAGGCCGCGGUGGUGAACAGCCACAGCAACGUGAAACCGAGCCCUGCUGCAGCGGCGGCGACGGAGGGCCCUGAGGGUGGGAGUCAUCCUGCCGACUCGGAGCACAAAGAGAACAAUGCGGAGGAAUCCCCAGGCAGCAGCAUCUUUGAGAACAUGAAACCCCUGAUCAUCGUUGGUGGAGCAGCAGUGGCUGUCAUAGCUGUGAUUGUGGGAGUGGCUGUCCUAGCCCGGAAGAAAUAAGCCCCAAGGCGCACAGGGGAGACACCCUGGGCUAUGUACAGUCCCUUUUGAAAUAAAUGCAUGCGGUAAACUCUAUACAUAUCUAUAAAUAUACAGUAUA